GUCCCACCUGCCAGCCUGAGACCUAAAGAGGGAGAGUCACCUCCGACGACCAGAAGAAGGAGAAGAAGACGAUCGGACGGCUGAGAGGCGCUAUGGAAAUGAUGUCAUCAUCGGGCGGUGGAAGGUACAUGGCUUACUCGCGUUCACCGUCGGCACCUCACUCCCCUCACCUCUCCGGCCUUCGCUCCGCCGCUCUCGUCGCCGCCGAGCAAGAAAAAUAUCUAUUGGAGCUGCUUGGGGAGCGUCACAAGCUGAGUCCAUUUUUGCUAGUUCUGCCGAAUUGCAACCGGUUACUAAACCAAGAAAUAUUGCGUGUAACUACACUGUUGGGGAAUGCGUCAGUUUUAGGUCAAAGUGGGCUUGAACAUGCUAGCCCCCUGGCAUCUAGAGGAAUGUUCUCAAAUGGAGGUGCUGAUGUGAACGGAUGGGCAUCACGUUUUCAAUCAGAAAUGUCAGGUUUAUUACAGCCUUCAUCAACCCAAAACUGGCUGAGUCCUCAAAGUAGCUCAUCUGGUCUAAUUGUGAAGCGAACAAUCCGGGUGGAUAUUCCAGUUGACAAAUAUCCUAAUUAUAACUUUGUUGGGCGGUUGCUAGGCCCUAGAGGGAACUCUCUUAAGCGGGUGGAAGCAACUACUGAAUGUCGUGUUCUGAUCAGGGGACGUGGUAGCAUAAAGGAUCCGACUAAGGAAGAAAUGAUGAGAGGAAAACCAGGGUAUGAACAUCUGAACGAACCUCUUCAUAUUCUAGUGGAGGCAGAACUACCAGUUGAAAUUAUUGAUACUCGUUUAUUGCAAGCACGUGAGGUACUAGAAGAUUUGCUCAGGCCUGUGGACGAAUCUCGGGAUUUUUACAAGAAACAGCAACUGCGAGAGCUGGCAAUUCUCAAUGGCACACUUCGUGAGGAGGGUUCUCCAAUGUCCGGUUCAGUGUCACCCUUCCACAACAGUCUUGGUAUGAAGAGGGCCAAGACCAGGGGGUGA